CUCCAUAUGACGGUUAAAACUAGUUGGGGAACAAGAUAUCUGUUGACUUUUUCUGCGCCCAUUACUAAUGCGCUGGCGGUGGGGCAUCAAAUGCGAUACGGUCCGCGACUACGCAUUCCUAAAAAAGUCUGACCGCAUAUAUUAUCUUUCCGAAUACCCUAGCCAUGUCGGAGAGCACAUACAACCCAGACUUUCUCGAGCGCACGGUAGAUAUCGAAGACGAGUUCGAAGAUAUCGGCUACGAAGAAGGAGUUUUGGAUGGCAAAAAGGCUGGCGCCCGCGAGGGCUGUGAGAUGGGCUGCGAGUACGGACUGAAUAUCGGGCGCGAUGAUCGGAUUCUACAUUGGCUGGGUCGAGGAGUGGCUAAGCGUCGCCGAAAUCCGGCCCGAGCUUGUGUCGGAGCGGACGCACAGACAGCUGGAGACGAUUCAGAGGCUGCUGGAGGAAAUCCCAAAGAAAAACGUCGAGAAUGCAAAUUUCCAAGAGGCACUGAAGAAGGUGGAGCGCAAGUUCAAGGUGGCGUCGGUGACGCUCGGCAUGAAUAUGGCAGCAGGAGCUGCCAAGCAACACGCUGUCGUACUAGCUCUGGCGCCUAAUCAAGGCUAGGCAGAAAAAUCCAGGCGAUCGGCGGAGGUUUUGCACGGCUUUUAGAAUGCGGGAGCUGCGCUGAGACUGCUUUUUCUCCUUGCUUCUCUGACUUA